CGGCUCCCUCCGUGGGCGGCUGGGCUCCGGGCAGGGGUUCCCAUGGAGCCCGAGCGGCUGGGGUCUCACUGUUUUACUUUAAACAUGGGGAGAUUUGGGGGUGUUUUGUUUCAUUGAGACAGCUGCGUCCCUCGGCAGCGCCUGCCGUGAAGCACGGGCAGAGCGGUGAGGCUGCACCGCCAGCCUCCUGCAGGGGACGCGCUGCAAAAUGGCGGCGCUGAAUGGGGGCGGCCAGGGGGCUGCUCCUGAGGGGUGGAGGGCUUCAGCUCAGGGCCCGCGCAGUGCCCCUCUUUCUUAUGCUCCUACAUUUUCACUUGAGGCUCCCUGGGUAAAUAAGAAGUCACGUAUCGCACCCCAAAUACCUGUGCACGGCAGCAGAAUGCGUUCAGCAGCUUUCCUUUUUUUCCUCCUUAUUGAGAAAGAAUGACUGGUAAAGCUGGUGAACGUUGUGCAACGUGUCUUAAUGAUUAACUACAGGUUCAGGAUAAGCUCAAUAGCAAUGAAAACCACAUAGUUACUGGCAAGGGCUGAGAAAUUUUUGGGGACUACGAUUCUUUAGCUGCUUGUUGUGAUCGCUUCUUAAUGCAACAAGAAUAUCAGGAAACUACUGAAAGUGCAUGUUUCCAAAGUGUCUGAAAAAGUACUGAGAUCUCCAAACAGGUUUUCUUUUCUGGUAAGUCCUAAACUCUGAUACCCAUGGAUGCUGCAGAGUUCCGCAAGAGAGGGAAGGAGAUGGUGGACUAUGUUGCAGAUUACCUGGAGAAGAUAGAUAAAAGACAGGUCUUCCCAGAUGUGGAACCAGGAUAUCUGAGGCCCCUCAUUCCGGACUGUGCACCCCAGGACCCUGAAAGCUUUGAGGAUGUCUUUAAAGACAUUGAGAAGAUCAUUAUGCCAGGGGUGACUCACUGGCACAGUCCAUACUUCUUUGCCUAUUUCCCUGCAGCCAGCUCCUUCCCAGCUCUUCUUGCAGACAUGUUAUGUGGUGGAAUAGGAUGUGUGGGCUUCUCUUGGGCUGCAAGUCCAGCAUGCACAGAGCUGGAGACUGUCAUGCUGGAUUGGCUAGGGAAAAUGAUUAAUUUGCCUGAAGAGUUUUUAGCUGGGAAAGAUGGACAAGGUGGAGGAGUCAUUCAGGGAAGUGCAAGCGAGGCCACCCUGAUUUCUCUGCUUGCUGCAAGAACAAAAACUAUUAGGCGGGUGCAGUCAGAAAACCCUGAGCUAACAGAGGCAGAGAUCAUGGGCAGGCUAGUGGCCUAUGCUUCUGAUCAGGCUCAUUCAUCAGUGGAAAGGGCUGCAUUAAUCGGUGGUGUGAAGAUUAAAAAUGUUUCUUCAGAUGAUAAAUUUACUGUUUGUGGUUCAGCCCUAAAGAAAGUUUUGGAUGAAGACAAAGCUUCUGGUCUUAUCCCAUUCUUUUUUUGUGCAACACUUGGAACCACACCUUGCUGCUCCUUUGACAGACUGUUAGAGCUGGGUCCUAUUUGUAAUAAGGAAAAUAUCUGGAUGCAUAUUGAUGCAGCCUAUGCUGGGAGUGCAUUCAUUUGUCCUGAAUUCAGGCAUCUUUUAAACGGAGUAGAGUUUGCAGAUUCAUUUAACUUUAAUCCUCACAAGUGGCUCCUAGUGAAUUUUGACUGCUCUGCUAUGUGGGUGAAAAAAAGAUCAGAUUUAAUAGGUGCCUUUAAAUUAGAACCUCUUUACCUGCAGCAUCACCACCAGGAGUCUGGCCUUGUAACAGAUUACCGGCACUGGCAGAUCCCCCUGGGGAGGAGGUUCCGCUCCCUGAAGCUCUGGUUCGUGCUGAGGAUGUACGGGGUCACGGGACUGCAGGAGCACAUCCGCAAGCACGUCAGGCUGUCACAUCAGUUUGAACAUUUAGUCCUUCAGGAUGAAAGAUUUGAGAUCUGCGCUGAGGUUGUCUUGGGACUAGUCUGUUUUCGGCUGAAGGGCUCAAAUGAACUAAAUAAGGCGCUUCUCAAAAGCAUAAACGAGGCCAAGAAGAUUCACCUGGUGCCGUGCUACCUGCGAGAGAAGUUUGUGCUACGUUUUGCUGUUUGUUCCCGCACGGUGGAAUCCACCCACGUCAAGUUUGCCUGGCAGCACAUCUCACAGCUGGCGACCGACCUCCUGCAAACGUGGGAGCACGACGACCACCAGCAGUAACGAUGGCAAAGCAGCUGUGGGGAGGAGGUAAUUAGCUGGCUUUCUCUGUGUUGCCAAGCUUUAUUUUAGGGGCAGGUGGGACAGUCGAAUUAUGAGGGAAAAAAAAAAACACAAAAACCUGUUGUUUCGUAGCCCAGCUGCCGAGCAAAACCCUUGCCAGCACUCUGUGUUGUAACCUUGGUGAUUCGUUCUCUGCACUGUAAUCUUAUGCACCGCAUUCUUGUCUUGCCUCUUUCAAGGCUGGAUGUGGCCGUGGGGGCUCAAGCUGUCAUUUCUUACCAUUUCUUAUCUGUUUGUUAUCAAGAGCAUUUAUUGAACCAGGCAACUCAAAGGGAAGCGUUAUUACUCCCUCUGUCGUCCUCAAUAAACCCCUAGCACACCCACUCCAUUCUCUGUAGAUGAAACUGUGAGGGGUUAUAACCAGAUAAUUUAACAUUUUUGUGACUUCAGAAAAAAUCCAGGUUGUGAGAAGCUUGGUAACCUGGUUAAAACACUGUUUGCAUUCUAUCUAAACAGGCAAGUGCAAAGGUAAUGAUUUGGUAUUUUCGGUAUGCAAUAUUUUUGUAACUCAAGUUGGGACUUCAAGACUUCUUUCAUUACAUAGCCAAAUCAGGGGAAGCUGUGCAUUAAAUUGAAUGCCCUUGUGGCAGGUUCUCUACUCUCUCCUUUAAAGUUUGCUUUUAAGACAGCGAUUUCGUCAAACCUCAGCAAAUAUUUUAUGCUGCUUAUUGGUUUUCACUUGAAUCAUUCAGAAUGAGGCCUCUUAAAAGCUCCUUCUUCAGUGUUUUGCCAAAAUCCAUGUGCUACCUGAUAUUCUGUAUUUUUAACCAAGUUAUUAUAAGCAGUAACUACGUAAAAUAAAUAAUCUGUAAGAUAAUGUCAUGUGAAACAGAAUGGUGAUUUCUUUUUAUGGUUGCCACUCUGCUUAUUUCAUUGUGUAAUAAUGAAAUAAACAGCAAAAAUUAUUUGACAAAAUAUGCUCAGAAACGUGAUUGCAGAACAGUUACUCAAAUUAGUUAAAAAAACAAGAUAAAAAUACAAUAAAAAUAGAAAUUUUAAGAACUAACCCCCCAAAUAUGCUGUGGUUCCCCCAUCAGUAUUUUUUUUUCCCCUUAACAGUUGAGUAUGGAAUAAACAAUAAUUAACCAUUAGAAAAAGUCAGAUAAUGUAUACUCAACAAACAUCAUCGAUAUAUCCUCCAGUCAGUUGCAGGUAGGUACCGUGAAGAGGGGAAACAAAAGUCAGAAACAACAUCUGACUUUAAAAUUUUGAAAGCAUAUUUUCCAGACAGUUACGUCGGUGUAAAUAAGAACAAAAUAAAUAAGUACUCCAAGAAAAACCUGUAGAAUUAAUUUCUACAUUUGCACUUAUUUUAAUCUUUCCCUUUAACUUGUCAUGCUAACUUCUAAAGCAUCUUGAGAAACUUGCAAACUUGCUGAGUUUUCUUUCUCUGUCCCUUGCCAGCGUACUUCCCGCGUAUGGGAAGCUGCAUGUAGACCAUGAAGCAGGUACUGGGAACAGCUGGUUUGGCAUGCAGUCUGCUCCCUGCCACAUUUUUUCUCUGCAUGUUUUCAUCCUGUAAGGAUGAGCAGGAACAGCCCAAAGCUGCACCAGGGGAGGGUCAGACUGGGCACGAGGAAAAAUGUCUUUACCAUGAGGGUGAUCAAACACUGGCACAGGCUUCCUAGAGAGGUGGUUGAUGUCCCAUGCCUGUCAGUGUUCAAGAGAUGUUUGGACAAUGCCCUCAAUAGGAUGAUUUAACUUUUGGUUAGCCCUGAGGCAGCCAGGCGCUUGGACUUGAUCUUUGUAGGUUCCUUCCAGCUGAACCAUUCUAAGACCCAUUGAAUGACAUUUCCUCAUGGCCAGCACAAUGCAGAAAUCUGAAUUUCAUAGCUCUAUUUUUAUCUGAAAUCUGGGGAUGAUUUGAAUGUGUAAUCAAUGAAGGCCUUGUUAGCAUUCAGUCUCUCAUACCCUCUUUUCCCCAUGUGAUGAUUCCUUUGCAGAGUUCUAGUGUUAAGUCAUCUGAAAAAAAAUAAAUAUCUGGGCUAUGUAAUCAACUCAAGAACAAAACUGUUAAAAGGAAUAUUUUUGAAAGGAGGACCUUGCUGCUAUUUCUGUUCUGUAGCUUUGAAAUAUAUUUGUAAGUGAAAUGACUUUUGGUGGCAAACACUGUAUGAAUAGUUAAUAUGUGAGCCUGGAUUUAUUGUGCCUUGUGUUCAAAAGCUUAUAGAGCCUGUGCCGAUUAAUACUGUUUGCUGUUAAAAAUAAUUACAAAGUCUCAGAAAUGCACUUUAGUAGAAUGUCCACAUCUCAAAGAACACAGUGCAGCUCCUAGAUGAGGGAAAAAAAAAGUAACUUUUCAGUAGUCAUAUGGAUUUAUUUUUUUUUAACUAGUGGAAUGCUAGCACAAUGCCUACUCUCUUAAUAAUGACAGAUUAUAUUUUAUUACUGAUGGUGAAAUACCGAAAAGAUGUAUUUAUGAAAGGUAUUGCUAAUAUGUUAUACUCUGGACUGCACUGUAGCUCUGCAAUUUCUAGUUUCCUCUCGGCGUUACAUGUCAUACUCUGUUCAUGGCUGUUCGUCUCCGCUGUCAACCUGUGAGGACACCGUAUUUGCUGAGGAGUGCUCCUGUUGUGAUGUCUUACAGCUGUAGUCCAAGCCUUGAGAUGUACACUUGAACUGCUCGGAGAGUGGAGCAAAUGAGAUAUAAAAUUGGAGAAACUUGAAGACCAUGGUGGAAGGGCAGGCAGCUUAAAUGAUUAUUGGUGGAUUAUGUCUAAGAGUAUGUAGAGUCCAUAUGACCUAACUGGAAAAAUAAUGUUUAGUGUUUUUUUUAUUAUUACAAUUUGUGAGCUGUACAGUUCCUCUAAAAUCUCUAUCCAAAGCAUAUUAAACUGACACAGAGAUUUUAUUAAUGGCAUUAAUAAAUGAAAAAAAAAAAAAAAAAA